GUAUAAAUAGCAACUUAUUGUGCUUAAUUUUGUGAAAAGAAAUUUUAAAACUUGAAAUAAUGAUAUUAGUAGUACGUAGAUCAUGUUUAUUAAUUUAUGAGUAUAAUCUACAUUCUCAUGAAUAAAGGCAGUCCAUUUGAAGAACGCUUCACUUCCGUUUAGUUGUGCUCGCUCUUCCUUUACACGAGGUGACGGCAAGAUGCAGAAGGUGAAGCAAAAGGAGCAGGUCCAGUCGGUCCAGGUGUUUGGCCGGAAGAAAACUGCCACAGCGGUAGCUUACUGCAAGCGAGGUAAUGGCCAUAUUACAGUAAAUGGACGUCCCCUAGACUUACUGGAGCCACAGGUGCUGCAGGCAAAAUUACAAGAGCCUAUUCUUCUUCUUGGAAAGGAGCGAUUUUCUGGAGUUGAUAUUCGUGUUCGUGUAAACGGUGGUGGCCAUGUGUCGCAAAUAUAUGCAAUUCGACAAGCGAUAUCCAAAGCGCUAGUAGCUUAUUAUCAGAAAUGUAAGUAG